CGAUAUCUUGCUAUGGCGGCAACUUUAGCAGCUUUGGUGCGCCCAGCUCUGCUACGGACAGCACGGUCGUGUCAGGGUGUCAGGGUAUUCAGCAAUGGAACCCCAGUUCUAUCAAAUGAAAACAAGGAGCCUGCCCAAGCCAAGUUCUUUCCUCCUCUCAUGAAUGCAAUGCUGCCUCCUGAUGCGUUCAAAGGAAAAGUGGCGUUUAUCACAGGUGGUGGCACGGGUCUCGGAAAGGGGAUGACAACCGCCUUAUCUAGACUGGGAGCUGAAUGUGUGAUAUCUAGCAGAAAACUAGAUGUUUUGAAGCAAACAGCAGAGGAGAUCACAUCUCUAACAGGAAAUAAGGUUCAUCCUCUCCAGUGUGAUGUUAGAGACCCGGAAUCUGUUAAGAAAGCAGUGGCAGAGUUAAUUAAAGUGGCAGGACACCCAGAUGUUGUGAUAAACAAUGCAGCAGGGAACUUUAUUUCUCCUUCCGAAAGGCUCUCUGCAAAUGCCUGGAGAACCAUAACGGACAUUGUUCUUAAUGGCACAGCUUACGUAACACUCGAGGUCGGGAAGGAACUAAUUAAGGCUGGAAAAGGAGCAGCAUUUCUGGCCAUAACAACAAUUUAUGCGGAGAGCGGGUCUGGCUUUGUUGUUCCCAGUGCCUCUGCUAAGGCAGGAGUAGAAGCUCUAUGCAAGUCCCUAGCUGCAGAGUGGGGAAGAUAUGGUAUGAGAUUUAACGUAAUACAGCCCGGUCCAAUAAAAACUAAGGGUGCUUUCAGUCGGCUGGAUCCAACUGGAGCGUUCGAGUCACUGAUGUUGAAGAGGCUACCGUGUGGACGCUUUGGAACACCGGAGGAAAUCGCAAAUCUUGCGACUUAUCUCUGCAGUGACUACGCAAGCUGGGUCUCCGGGGCAAUCAUUAGAAUGGAUGGUGGAGAAUAUGUGUUUAUGGCAGGAGAGUUUAAUAGCUUGCAAAAGGUUACAAAAGAACAAUGGGACAUUAUGGAAAAAAUGAUCAGGAAUACGAAGGGGUCCUAAAACUGCUUUUGGUGAUACAGAGCCGUAGUGCCUUUAUACCAAAAAGAAUGUUUAUAUAAAUAUAUGGAGAGCUUCUUUAAGGAGGAAUAUCACUGGGGGAACCCAAAUAUAGACACAAAAAGAUACAAUUCAAAUAUAUAAAAUGUACUAUGGAAUAAAAAAAAACAAAUUGUGUUUGGUGAUAUUGUGACGAAAAAUAAAGAAAAGAUCUAGAA